AUGUCAUUAUCAUCUUCAGUUCAAGAGAAAUCUCUAGACGAGUUUAGCUUUUUGAUUUUCUCCCAUGUCACGUCGAAGCACAGUGGUGAUUAUACCUGUGUCGCCAGCAACACGGCUGCCGAAGUCAACCACACGGCGAGACUCGCUGUUAAAGUUGCACCGUCUUGGGUAUACGAGCCUCAAGAUGUCUCCGCGCUAUUGGGCACCCAGAUACUAAUAAACUGCGCCACGAAAGGCUAUCCGGAGCCGAGGGUUACCUGGUUGAAAGGCCACGGGACCGGAGCGACAGAUUUUCGUCCAGUCUCCAGUCUCGAUCUUCAGUUCUCGAUUUUGUUCAACGGGUCCCUGGGCAUCGCCGCGGCCGCGCACCACCACGAGGGACAGUACAUGUGCUCCUCCACUAACGGCAUCGGAAGGGGCCUCAGCAAAAUUAUCACGAUUUCAAUCAACGAGCCUGCUCAUUUUGAGUUUUCCUCACGUAACAUGACGGUGAAACGUACAACACAGACAACUCUACAUUGCGACGCAAGAGGCGACUCUCCUAUACAGCUGCAAUGGACGCACAACAUGAAAAGAGUGGACCUUACUACUUACCGGGUAUCCGUAUCAGAAAAGAGAUCAGAAAGCGGUGUCAGUUCACAGCUUACAAUAGCUCACGCUGAACGUCAUGAUUCAGGAGUAUACAGAUGUCGAGCUGAGAACGCUUAUGGGAGAGAUGAACUAUUGAUAUACUUGGCUGUUCAAGAACUUCCCGAGGCUCCACUGGGUUUGCACGUAGCCAAAAGAUCAGGUCGUGGAGCCACCCUAGCCUGGCGUCGCGGCUACGACGGUAACGCUAAGCUCCGGAACUAUCGACUCCAAUACCGGGUGGUUGGUGAGAACACGCGCGCGGACAACGCUGACUGGAUCGAUGCUCCCGCUCGGGAUAUUCCCUUGGAUAAAGUUGUUGAAAGGCAACAUCCCGCGAAGCUUGAUACUGAAAUUUUUCUCGAGUACCAACUCGAAGGACUUCGUCCCGCUACGGCGUACGCUCUGAGACUUGCUGCAGUUAACGACAUCGGGGAUAGCGAUUAUUCCGAAUCUGUCAUUGUCCAAACUUUGGAAGAAGCACCAUCUGAGCCUCCACACAACGUACAAGUCCAAGCCUCAUCACCUGGCGAAUUGAUUGUAAAAUGGCAGGCUCCGCCUCAAGAAACCUGGAACGGUGAGCUGGUCGGGUACGUGAUCACUUGGCGAGACGCUACCUCUAUCGGCGUCGAGAAUAUGACCCAAGCGCUGACUGUGUCGGGAUGGGGCGUUUCCCACAUUGUGGUAUCUUCGUUGCGCGCGCACACGCAUUAUGAGGUGCGUGUGCGAGCGUUCAAUGCAAUCGGCCCAGGACCAGCUUCUGUACCAAUAACAGCCACCACUCUUGAAGGAGCCCCAGAAGCACCUCCGGUACGAGUCCGCUGCGAACCGAUCUCAGCGCAGUCGAUACGCGUGUGGUGGGAACCUCCGCCUCUGGACUCGAGAGGAGGGGUCCUUCUAGGCUACGAACUGAUUUACGAGGCAGUAGACGAUCUUGAUAGCCAAGUUGAGACUCGUCGUUCUGGAAGUCUAGAGACGGUGCUACAAUCGUUGCGGCGGGCUGCCAAUUACAGCGUCUCGAUCAGGGCGAGGACCACGGCAGGGGCCGGACCUCCUUCUGAACCGGUUUACUGCAGUACUCUUGAAGACGUUCCCGGCUCUCCGGCCGAUAUAAAGGCGUUGGCUAAUUCAGAAGACACGGUGAUAGUCAGCUGGCUGGCUCCCGCCCAGAAAAAUGGCAAGAUAAAGCACUAUACUAUCUAUAAUCGUCCGCAAAGAACAGGUCAGCACUCUCAGUUGAUGGUGCUGCACAGAGACGAAGAAGAUGAAUACCAAGUGGAAGUCAGAGGCCUGCAAGAGCACCAGGUUUAUGAGUUUUGGGUGACCGCUGCCACUGCCACGGGAGAGGGAGAGAUGAGUGCUAUUGUGGCCACGAAACCUAAUCCAAGAGCCCCGGCCAAGGUUACGUCUUUCGGACGUAGGUUGAAGUUCCCAGUGGGGCGGAGAGCGCGCGUGGCGUGUGGCGCGGCGGGCAGCCCUACCCCGCAGCGGGCGUGGUCGCGGCGAACUCCCUCCGCGCCCAUACUCCAGGAUCCACGAUUUCUCGUGGACGGCCAUCAUCUUGUGAUACUGAAUAUGGAUCGGUUGAUAUCAGACAACUAUACUUGCACAGUCAGAAACCCUUGGGGCGAAGAAAGGAGCACUUGGGAGAUUAAGGCACUGACAGAACCAGCGCGACCGGUGCUAAGGCUCGCGACAUCUGCGCCGUCUAGGCUGCAUCUUGUAUGGGAACCUCCACACAACGGAGGAUCUAGUUUGCAUGGCUACACGCUGGAAUACGCUCGUCUGAAGGACAGUUCCUGGAUGUCAAUUUACUUGCCGGCCGACAGCCGAGCGCACUCGCUGGAGAGACUGUCCUGUGGAACUGUGUAUAAGAUCCGACUAACAGCUCAUAACGCGAUCGGAGCCUCUCCACCAAGCGAGGACUUGAACGUGUCUACCAAAGGUGGACCUUCUAAAGCUCCAGCAGAGAAAGACCUCGUCGCUGCGAACAGCACCUGUGUUCGUCUGAACCUUCUCACGUGGAACAGUAACGGGUGUCCCCUUCUCCAAUUCACGAUAUCCAUCAAGAGCUUCGAGGAUUCCUCGUGGAUGACAAGCAGCGUCUCCCCCGUCCAGCCGUUUGCCGUGUGCCGACUGACUGUCGCCUCCUGGUACCAUUUGAAGGUGGUGGCUAACAGUGCCGCGGGCGUCACUACUGCCAACUAUUACUUUUCAACCCUCACGGAUAACGGAGAACGGAUACCGGCUCCGGCCCACUUCCCUCCUGGUGGAGGAGACGACGGCGAGGAGCGCGCCACCGCCACCCUGGCCGCCACCGCAGUGGGAUCCGUCAUAGUUCUGUUGCUACUGGCAGCGUUCAUUUAUAAAAGAAGCCCGUUAGUCGCCUGCUUUAGAAAGAGUUACGAGCAAGGCGAUAUAUCGGAGGAAGAGGAGAAGUCAGUAGAGAAGAGAGACAACCAUCGUAACUGCCAACAAGUGUACACUUCCUCCCCGAUCAAACAUCCCGUUACCAAGAAAGAGCAGCAAGAAAUGUACGAGAUAAGCCCGUACGCGACGUUCAGUAUGUCGGGCGGUGCGGAGAGUGCGGGGGACGAGGGGGCGGCGGCCGGGGGCGCGGUCGGGGUGGGGGUGGGGGGCGCGGGCGCCACGCUGCGUACCUUCGGCCGACCGGAGCCCGCUCCGCUGCAGGCCGCUCCUUUUCGACACAAACACCGGGACCCUGUUAAUCCAGAUGAAUACACGCUGUCCCGCGCCAUGACGCUGAUGGUGCGACGCUCGGAGUCGGACUCUGACUCGAGCGGGUCGCCGUGCGCGGAGUGCACCUCCAGCGUGUCCUACAGAAUGCCCAUGGCCGCGACGAAAGCCAAGGCAAAAAUAGAGAACAGGACGUGUAAGGACUUUUUUGGGAUGGAAGGAUUACUGACUCGGGUGCGGAGUGCACUGGCGAGCCGCGACACCCGCGCCCGCACGACAAGCGCCGACGGCAGCGACGACACCACACGCCCACGUCUUCAAGGUACCAGCAACGUCAGGAGCAGGAACGAAGGGAUUUCACAAUACAUGUAUAAGGACAAUAAAGACUGCUACAAGCAAAUUAAAAAAAAAUACGAGUAAUUAGGUACUAUUGGUAUUGUUAGUUAAAAAUAAUUUGUUAUGGGUAAGCAGUCCUUGUUCACAAACUUAAACAACGCACGAUCGAUUGUUGACUAGUUUUUUUUAUCACUGAAUUAAAAAAUAGUCGCACUUAUUUCAUUUAUUUUACUG